AUGUUUUCUUUACUUUUACUUUUCAUUUCUCUCAGUGUUUCCACAACAGUUGUUUUAAAUAAACAGACAUCUUACUUUGUUGCAUAUGUCCCCGACACAUGUUACUUUAGAAACAACUUUCAAGCAGCUCAAAAAGUUGUUAAGAAACAAGGAGAAACUAAAUACACUCUUCAAUAUGCUGUAUCAUGUGAUGUUUCUUCGUGGUCAGAUGACAUCAAUGCGUCUUUAGAAGAAACUGAUGAUGCAUUUCUUGUAGGGUAUUAUGUUAAAUACAAUUUCUAUAAAGAUAAUGAUUGUACAACUAAAUCUCCUGGUUAUUAUAUAACCUCUUUAGGUUGUGUUAGUUUUACAGGACAUAACAUAACGAUCAAUUCUGAUAACAAGAAAGUAUACAUGACUUAUUAUGCUGAUUCAAAAUGUUCAACUUCGAUUGAUGGUAAAUCUAACAUAGAAAAGAAUUUUGGAGUGUGUGACAAUAGUAUGAGCCCUGUUAAUCAAUUUACUGCUCCAAACUUUUACAUUCAAGAAGAUUCAACAUCUUUUCAGGUUUAUGUCGAAGGAAUAUGUUACUUAGAUGAUGAUAACAAUUUCGUUGUUGUAGAAAACGACGGUUACGUUUAUGCGGGAAAUUCAUGCCAAGAAGCAUUAGCAUCGACAACCAAGUUAGAAACUAAAACAGUACAUAAAGUAACAUCUUUUCCAGAAUAUUUCUUUAGAGAAGUUAGCAGUGGAUCAAACGACUGUAACAUUAUUAGCAAUUUGGCUCUUACGACUUACCCAGAUAACUAUUAUAAAAAAGAAGGAUAUUGUAUGUCAAACUCGGCAUCUUCUGGAUUCAUUUUUAUUACAACAAAAAACGAAUUAACACAUUUUUAUUACACAGAUGCUGCAUGCAACAAGUUGGAUAAAAAUUACACUUAUCAAUACAAAACAUGUGUAUUAGACAAUAAUAAACAAUACUAA